GCUUCUUGAAGACAUAUAUACGUCAUUCCUCACUUUCAAUAAUAGUGCAUAUCAACGUGACUUCCCUGAACGUAAUACGUAAGUACCUGGUCCACAUUUAACGGACGGACAUUCUUUUCUGAAGUUAUCGGACCCAUCAACCGCUGUAAAAUUGCAGAACCGCGAGCUUCACUUUUCUUAUGCUUAUGCUUGCGUCUUUUUCACUUUGGUGUUCGUCUUGCACCCCUUAUAUUCGCCUUGUCUAAGCAUCUGAUCCAGAUGAAGCUUCGAUCUUUUAUUAUUUUCUUCCACAUCGAGGGAUUCACGAAAACCAUCCUCAAACUCUCUCUCCUGGAGCAAAAAUUAAACCUAGAUUAUAACGGCUCUAACAAGUAACAAGUAAAAUCAGGGCACUAUAAAGAACAAGUAAAUUAGGGUUUUAUGAUUACCAAAAAAUAGGGUUUUAAAUCUUAUAAUAAUAUUGUAAAAUGUAAUGGGCCUGCGGCCCAUUUAUGGAUGGUAAAUGCAUGCAACGGGGUAAUGUCUACGUCAGUCUUCAGCUUUUCCGAACCUUUUCUUAUGACCGUUCGAUUUGGUUUCUUUAAGAAUCAAUGGUUCCAAGUAUAAAAUGAAUAAAUUUGUUAUAAACGUGUGGAGUGGAGAGUGAUAAUUAAUUACAAGAACACAAAACCAAAUCUCCCUACUCACGGAAUCUGAUACCUGAGUGGAGCAAAGCUUUACUUCAAGUAUUAUCAACCUCCUUUACGAUUCUGUGAUACUUGUUUAAUCUCUUUCUUUUGUCUCGUUCUGGUUAAGUAAAGAAUCUGUUUCUUGCUUUGAAAGCAAUAUGGAUGUUUAAAGUUUUCUUGUUCUUGUUUAAUGCUAAACCAAAAAAAUAACCAAAUGAGGAUGAUGAUGACGAAUGUGUUUAGCCGAAUUGAUCUUUCGAGUUUCGUUACAGGUACAACAGAACAUACGUGGCAACCAACAAUGUCUGCAGAGACAAACAUCCCAAGUUACUGGCUUAACUGGAGAUUCUUUGUCUGCGCAGUCUUCAUCUUAACGUCCCUGUUCCUAUCUUUUUUCCUAAUUUGGAAAUACGAAGGACCUAUAAAACGCAAGGCUGGUGAUCAAAGGGAACCAAUAGGAGUUGUAUACGAUGAUGAAACUUGGAAUACUUGCGUGGCAAGGAUUCAUCCGAAUUGGCUUUUAGGUUUUCGAGUUUUCUGUUUUGUUGUUCUUCUGGGACUCAUCUCUGGUAAUGCCAUUGCUGAAGGAUCCAGCAUCUUCAUCUUCUACACACAAUUGACUUUCAUAUUGGUCACAAUCUACUUUGGGCUUGGAGCCUUGUUGUCCAUAUACAGAUAUAAGUCUGGUGAGAACUGUCUGAACGGAGUCAGUACUGUUGAUGAAGAGCUAGGGUCAUAUAGACCUCCCAGGAAUGGCGAAAAUUCGAAUGUGUUUAAAUCUUCAAACGGACACGAGAGACAUAACACGUCUACACGUCAAGUUGCAUCUACAAUGGGUUACAUCCAUCAGGCUCUUUUUCAAACUUGUGCUGGAGCUGUAUUGCUCACAGAUGGUGUGUUUUGGUUCAUUAUCUACCCUUUUCUCACAUCCAAAGAUUUUAGUCUCAAUUUUUUCAUUGUGGUUAUGCACUCGGUCAACGCUGUCUUCCUCCUCGGUGAAACUUUCUUGAACUCUCUGCGAUUCCCAUUGUUCAGGAUUUCAUAUUUUGUUGUAUGGACCGGGGUAUUCGUGCUAUUCCAAUGGAUUGUUCAUGCUUGUGUCUCCUUCUGGUGGCCAUACCCAUUCUUGGAUUUGUCAUCACCCUAUGCCCCUUUAUGGUAUGCUGCUGUUGGGUUGAUGCACUUACCAUGCUUUGGAUUAUUUGCUUUGAUCGUGAAGUUGAAGUACUUGUGGCUCUCAAAUGUUUCUCAGAUGAACCAUAUAGUAUUAGAUAGCAUAUAGAUACUUAAAAGCUUAUAUAUAGUAUAUAGUACAUAGUACAAAGUACAAAGUUCGCUCUUAAUGACAAGUACAGGUUCACUCUCCUGCCUUCUUUAUCAACUUUUUUUUUGUAAAUAAUGACAUUAAAAUCACCAUGAGGGCUUGAUUAGUUUUGCAAACCACUGUUGAACAAAGUAAAGACGAUGUCCAUAUCAGCCUUCUUCAUGCACAAUCCAAUCUCUACGCCACCUGAAUCAUCACGUUUCUCCGCCAUUGAGAUCCCGUCUCCUCUAAUGGAGACAACGUCAACCUUAACCGGUCUUCCCCACCCGAAAUCCGACUCGUAUACUCCGAACCGGUUUGACAUGGCCACCGACCCAAUCUGCGAGCUCUCACCAAUGGAAUCGAACCCAAUCUUGAACUCUUCCGCCACCGUCUCUAUCUUUCUCGAACCCAGGCCUUUCACCAAACCGCCGCGACGAAUCCUCUCUCCCCGGAAAAAUCAUCCGCCUCAUUAGCCAUGGUAGAUCGAAGAAAGUCAAUGGGAUUGUGAGCGAGUGAGCCGAGUUUAGGACCGAGUCCGAGUCAGGAGCGGGGGUGACUCGGGCAACCUCGACGACGUGUAGUGUCAUUGCCUCAUUGGUGAAGAACAAGGUAGAGAUUGCCAAAUGAGAUUUAAAUCGAAACACAACACUUUAAUAUAAAACAGCUGCCGAGUUUGAAAAUGUGCUGUACAAGUAAUAAUAAAAAAUGAGAUGUUCAGAUCACGACC